AGUCUGGGGCGAGAGCUUAAGUGAGCACACACGGAUGCUUAGGCAGUAGUGCUGGCGGUGGCGGCGCAGCAGCAGUGGCGGUGGCGGUGGCUGCAGAGGUGGCAGGAGAGAGGCGAGGAAAGGAAGGAGGAGGGCCUCCGAGGGCUGUGCACGCUCACACUUUCAAGUUCCCUAGGAGGGAGUGGAGGUGGGGCUGCAGCAAGAGGAGGCCAGGAGAAGUCCUGUCUGUCCUGCCCGUUCUGCCCCCUCUUCCUCUUGCUCCCUGCUCUCUGGCUGUGCCAGAGUUGAGGAUUCGGGUAGCCAUACGUGGCAGUGAAGGCAAGAGAGCCAGGGGUGCAGGGGAAGAUGCCCAUCCUGCUGUUCCUGAUAGACACAUCUGCCUCUAUGAACCAGCGCACUGACCUAGGCACUUCGUAUUUGGACAUUGCCAAAGGCGCUGUGGAGUUAUUCUUGAAGCUGCGCGCCCGCGAUCCAGCCAGCCGCGGCGACAGGUACAUGCUUGUCACCUACGACGAACCUCCGUACUGCAUCAAGGCUGGUUGGAAGGAAAGUCAUGCAACGUUUAUGAAUGAAUUAAAAAAUCUUCAGGCUUCUGGAUUGACUACUCUUGGUCAGGCUCUGAGAUCUUCAUUUGAUUUGUUAAAUCUUAAUCGAUUAAUAUCUGGAAUAGACAAUUAUGGACAGGGGAGAAAUCCAUUUUUUCUAGACCCAUCUAUGUUAAUCACCAUCACCGAUGGAAAGAAGUUAACAAGCACAGCUGGUGUUCAAGAAGAGCUUCAUCUUCCCUUGAAUUCUCCUCUGCCUGGAAGCGAACUAACCAAAGAACCUUUUCGUUGGGAUCAAAGAUUAUUUGCCUUGGUGUUACGUUUGCCUGGAGUGGCUUCUACUGAACCGGAGCAAAUAGGAAGUGUACCAACUGAUGAAUCCGCCAUCACACAGAUGUGUGAAGUCACAGGAGGUCGCUCCUACUGUGUUAGAACACAAAGAAUGUUAAACCAGUGUUUAGAAUCUCUGGUUCAAAAGGUUCAGAGUGGUGUUGUUAUUAAUUUUGAAAAAACAGGACCAGAUCCACUUCCUGUUGGAGAAGAUGGACUUAUGGAUUCAUCAAGGCCAAGCAAUUCAUUUGCUGCUCAGCCAUGGCAUAGUUGUCAUAAACUCAUUUAUGUACGACCUAACUCUAAAACUGGUGUUCCUGUUGGACAUUGGCCGAUUCCAGAAUCCUUUUGGCCAGAUCAGAAUUUACCUUCACUACCUCCACGAACGUCUCAUCCUAUUGUGAAGUUCUCCUGUAUAGAUUGUGAACCAAUGGUAAUAGACAAACUACCCUUUGACAAAUAUGAACUUGAACCUUCGCCUUUAACUCAAUACAUCUUGGAACGAAAGUCUCCCCAUACUUGCUGGCAGGUAUUUGUUACUAGCAGCGGGAAGUACAAUGAACUUGGGUUUCCAUUUGGUUAUUUAAAAGCCAGUACCACUUUAACUUGUGUAAACCUCUUUGUGAUGCCUUACAACUACCCAGUUUUACUUCCUCUUUUAGAUGACUUGUUUAAAGUUCACAAGCUUAAGCCAAAUCUGAAGUGGCGACAGGCUUUUGACAGCUACUUAAAAACUCUGCCUCCAUACUACUUAUUACCAUUAAAGAAAGCACUAAGGAUGAUGGGAGCUCCAAAUCUGAUAUCAGAUAAUUUAGAUUGUGGACUUAGUUACAGUGUUAUCUCUUACCUUAAAAAACUCAGCCAACAGACCAAACUAGAGUCAGAACGAAUACUAGCAUCAGUGGGGAAGAAACCUCCCCAGGAAAUUGGAAUCAGAGUGAAAAAUCAUUCUACAGGUGGUGUGCCCUUGACUCACAAUACAAACUUUAGAAAGCUAUUGAAAGAAAUCACAGGGGAAACUGCACCAAGACUGACAGAAUUUAAUACCAAAGAAUUUGCUGGCUUUCAAGUAGGGCUUUUAAACAAGGAUUUGAAACCUCAGACGUAUAGAAAUGCUUAUGAUAUUCCACGUAGAGAUCUUUUAGACCAGUUAACCAGAAUGAGAUCAAAUCUACUGAAAGUACACAAGUUCAUAGUUGGACAAGAUGAAGAUGCCCUUCAUAGUGUUCCAGUUGCCCAAAUGGGCAACUAUCAGGAGUAUCUGAAGACUCUGGCUUCUCCACUACGAGAGAUUGACCCAGAUCAACCGAAAAGACUGCACACUUUUGGCAACCCAUUUAAACAAGAUAAGAAGGGAAUGAUGAUUGAUGAAGCAGAUGAGUUUGUGGCAGGGCCACAAAAUAAAGUCAAGCGUCCUGGAGAACCCAAUAAUCCUAUGUCAUCUAAGAGAAGGCGGAGCAUGUCCCAGCUGUUGAGGAAACCACAAGCCCCGCCUCCUGUAAUUAACCAUGUGGGUGGAAAGGAGCCAUCCUCAGCGUUGUGGUUCCCAUCUUAUCCAAACCUCAUAAAAUCUACUGUUGGACAUUCAGAUAUUGUUACUCACGAUGCCCAUGAGGAGAAGAUGGAAAAUGGUCAAAGCCCUCCUGUUGGAUUCUCACCAAAAUCUGCCCUGCCAGAGCUGAUGAGUGUGACAAGAGAUGGUUUUCCCCACAACCUACCACAUUCUUUACCAGAUGACCUCACUCGGCCUGGCAAAGAAGGGGUGACACACAUGCCUGUUGGUAAUGCACCUGUAGGAAAAGCCAAAAAUCACAAUUUCUGCAGAGAUGACCGAAAAGUUACAGUUCCAUCAACUUUUGAAACCGUGUCAAAUAGAACACAAAUAACUCCAGCUAUGGCACAAGGAAUUAAUGCUGACAUAAAACAUCAGCUAAUGAAGGAAGUUCGAAAGUUUGGGCGAAAGUAUGAAAGAAUUUUCGUUUUGCUUGAAGAAGUGCAAGGACCUCUGGAGAUGAAGAAGCAGUUUGUUGAAUUUACCAUCAAGGAAGCUGCAAGAUUUAAAAGACGAGUUUUAAUUCAGUAUCUUGAGAAGGUACUUGAAAAAAUAGAUUCCUGCCACCUUCUCAACAGCGUUAAUCACAUCAAUAGCAGAUCAUCAUGUUGAUGCAAAGAUUGGUGAGAAAACAGGAUUGGUCCUGCGGGAUGAAGUGGGUCAGGACAGCUGCCUUCCAGAGGAUAAGAAUAAUGGAGAGUUUCUCAUUUGUUUUUCUUAUUUGACAG